AUGCCAUCCACGCGCUAUUGCUUGACAAAGAAUUCUUAUAAAGAAGAAAAGUGCCAGGCACAGAUCGACGCCCUUUACGAAUGCUGCAAUGCUUUCUAUCAGGAACAAGGGGAUCAAGCAUCGGUAGUAAGCUGUCCGAAAGCACCUCUAUUGCGAUUGAAGAUGAAGCAACGAGCCGAAGCUGCAAAGAUGGAGAAAGAGAAGUGA